AUGGCUUUUGACGAUCCAUUUAAUGCUCGUAAUAAUAAUCUUGAUGAUGGUACAUCCGAUAAUUUCUAUAAUUUUAAUGAAGAAGAUCCUGCUGCUGAAUUUCUUGAACGUGAAAAACGUGAAUUAGCUGACAUUACAGGUGAUACAAAUGCUAAUAUAUUUACUGAUCAAUUUGAUACAAGUUCAAAUACUAGUAAUCUUCGUACAAACGGUGUAUAUUCACCGAAUGUAAAUCUAGGUGGAAGUUAUUCUCCAACACCAUCACGUGAUUCACCAUAUCAAUCAUUAUCGGAUUUUAGUGAACAAAUGAAUGAACCGGAAAAAAUUCGAAAAUGGAGAGAAGAAUUUUCAACACGUAUUAAUAAAAAAGAUACAGAAGAAGAAAUAAAACGUAAAGAAAUGCGUGAACAAGCUAAAAAAGAAUUAGAUGAUUUUUAUAAACAACGUACUGAACAAUUAGAACGUACAAAAGGACAAAAUCGUUCAAAUAAUCGUACAUUAGAAGAUGAUCUUUUCAAUAAUCGUAAUACAUCAAUAAUAUCAAAUGGUAAAGUUAGUGAUUGGGAUAAAAUAACAAGUUUAUGUGAAUUUAAUCCAAAAAAUAAUCGUGCACAAAAAGAUUUAACACGUUAUAGAAGUGUUUUACUUCAAUUAAAACAACAACAAACAAGUGGAAAAUAA